AUGGAACAGUGCAAAAUUUGUGGACGACAUAAGAAACAGUCGGAGCGGCCAUUUGAAUUCAGUUUAGAACCAUUCGAAGAGGAUCGAGAGAUUUCUCAUUUUCUGUACCGAUUGACGCAGGAUAUUAUAAACACGAAAAACUUUUCCGAUGAUAACAUUAACCGUAUUUGUGAGAAACAUUUAAGGAACUCUCACUAUCCAGACAGACAGCGGCUGAACGAACUGGUGGAGGAUUUGAGGAAAAAAUUACGCAUUAAUCACAAAAACGUAACCGAAUCAUAUCCAGCAGAACCGACACAUUCUGACAGUGGGAAAUCAUUGGCACUGCAAAAUGUUCGACAAAUGAAGGAUAAAAACAUUAGCACACAAUCGUUAAUUAAUGUGCCCAAACUUGUACUUAAAGAUUCAUCCAUUAGCACAAUCACUACGUAUGAUUUUCCAUCUGCAGAGGACCGAACUGUUAAUCCACUCCAGGUAUUAAUAGCAUCUACCCCGCAUAAGAAUGAAAUGUCUCCUGCUUCAAGUACGACAUUGCAAACAAUUUUCCUGAAAUCGAAAACCAAAGAACUAGCAGAACAACUUAGUAUCGUUCAGCCAGUGGAUAGUUCUGUCGAUGCGCUUACCAGAAUGGUUGCAGCAAGCAGAAAACCAGGAGGUGCAUGUAAAAAGCAUCCACUGGGCAAAUGUACCCACCCGAAUGUACCUGGAGCUGAUGCGCAGAGAAGUAAUAAAAAUUAA